CGCGAGCAACGAGCCUAAAAUAAAUAGGUUUGAAUUGAGCUUGUUAACUAUUCGAGUCGAGCCGAACUCGAGCCGAGCUUAAUAUGACCGAACUCGAGUCGAACUUUUUCCGAGCGAUCCACGAGCGGCUCGCGAGCGGCUUGGCUCAUUUACACCCCUAAUUACAAUAUUUAUGCCGAAUCCGAGCUCCGACUCCCUGGAUCAAACUGAAAAUCACAAGAGAACCGGAGAUAAAUCUAUUGCUAAAUAUAUAGAUUUGGACUUGAAAAUGACUGAAGUCUAUAUAGAUUUGGACUUUAUGUCCGCUAAGUAUGUUGGCCAACGAUGAAUAUUGAUUUAGCCGACUUGCUCCUUUUUUCUAGAAGAAAACAGAACUGGUCGAAACUGGAACAGUUAUAUCUCAGGAUUCCAAUUUUACAACAGUAUUAAGGAAGAAAAUUCAAUUCAAUGUGGGUGGGUAAUGCAGAAGCUGGGCGGCUGGCCGCCCAAAACAGAACAGAAACAGUCGUAUACGCGCGUACGCUCCUCGACCCCAUCCGCCUUUGAUCAAUUCCCUGCAAUGAUCCAAUGAAUGUAGAGUAUAAAUAUUGGACCAGCCGGCCGGCACCAAACAAAAAUUAAUCAGCUAGCUGCUAGAAAUUAAGCAUUAUGUAUACGUUCAGUACGAGAAAGCAGAUGCCUUUCUCCUCUUUUCUUUUUACUGCUUCUCUGCUCAUGAUGAUCUGUGUUUUCAUUUGCCAGUUUGAUGCAACACAGGCACAAGAAGUUGAGGACGAGAGGGAGUUCGAUUACGACGAGAAGAGCGGAAAGGGCCCGGGGAGAUGGGGAGAGCUGAAGAAAGAAUGGGCUGCUUGCGGGGAUGGAAAGAUGCAGUCUCCCCUCGCCCUCUCCGCUCCGAUCAUCAAACGCCGCGGUGGCGUUCGCAAGCCGGGAGUUAAGAUCACUAGGAACUCUUACAUGCCAGCGAAUGCUACUCUUCACAACCGAGGCCAUGACAUUUCCAUUGAGUGGGUGGGUGAUCCGGGAUCCAUUCCUAUAAAUGGCAAACACUUCUCCCUCAAAGCGGUUCAUUGGCACUCUCCUUCCGAGCACACUCUUCAUGGUACCAGGUAUGAUCUGGAGCUACACGCAUUGCACAUGAAUACAGACCAAACGAGUGGAAAGAACACAACAGCUGUGUUUUCGGUUCUCUACCGCAUUGGUCGAAAACCCAACCGGUUUCUCUCUCGGGUGACGAAGAAAAUAGCAUCUAUGAUGGAUCAGGAAGGUGAAGUGAGAAAUGCAGGGUUUGUUGAUCCAAAUAAAAUCCAAUUCAUAAGCAAUGAUUAUUACAGAUACACGGGUUCUCUCACUACCCCGCCUUGCACCGAAGGCGUCAUUUGGACUGUCAAUAAAAAGAUACACAACGUUUCCAGGAAGCAAGUAAAGCUGCUUCGAGAAGCAGUUCAUGACUCUGCAGAAAGAAAUGCAAGGCCUCUACAACCGCGCAACAAUAGAGAUAUAUAUCUCAGACUGUCGUCUUGAGUGAUCAACUGAUCAUAGUAUCAUAGAUGAUUAUCAUUAAAGAGAAAGUUAGAAAUUUUGUCUCAUAACUUAUGCACAUGACAUACUCUCUUUUAGUCAUGUAGUUUUAAGUACUUUUUUUUUAUUUAUUUUGAUUUAUCAUGUGACUAGUAAAUUCAAAUAUAUUAAAGACUUUUUCAUCUGAAUGUACAAUUUAUGAUGAAAUAUAUAUAACAAGUGAUGGGAACUUGACCAUCCAUUAGACCCCCUUUGAUGUUUGAAC